AGCUCCCGGACUGUUUAAACUUAAACGCCGUGGCGCGACUCGUGUUGCACGCAUUAUGAAGCAGCAGUGAGGGAUCGAGGAAUCGAACCUGGGCUUAGCAAGACUUUUCCAGAAUGACGUCUAUUUGUCCAAGAUGCGACAAGCCUGUGUUUUUUGCGGAAAAAGUGAGCUCCCUGGGGAAAAACUGGCAUCGCUUCUGUCUGAAAUGUGAGCGCUGUGGUAAGAUUCUGUCUGCUGGUGGGCAUGCAGAGCAUGAUGGAUUGCCAUACUGUCACAAACCUUGCUAUGGAACCCUCUUUGGACCAAAAGGUGUAAAUAUAGGAGGGGCGGGGUCUUAUAUUUAUGAGACGCCUCCGCCGACACCUGUCAACAAAUCAUGUGAGAGCCCUUCAGAUGGAUCGCCCACUACACCAUGGACCAACUCGCAGAUCAGCUAUCAUCAACCUAAGGCUCCUUCUGCUCCUACACGUAUGUUUGCUGGAGAGACGUGUCUGUGUCCCGGCUGUGGAAAGGCAGUGUAUUUCGCUGAGAAGGUGAUGUCAUUAGGUCGUAACUGGCACAGGCCUUGCCUACGCUGUGUGAGGUGCAAGAAAACACUGACGCCUGGUGGCCAUGCAGAGCAUGAGGGCAGUCCAUAUUGCCAUGUGCCCUGCUACGGGUACCUUUUUGGACCAAAAGGUGUGAACAUUGGAAAGGUGGGCUGUUACAUUUACGGAGAAAAUGAAAUGCCAAGCGAACAUUAAGUGAAAAUUUUAUUUUAUUUGGUACUGAUUUUUGUUACAUCAUUGUAGUCAGUAAAAGGUUAUUUUAUUGCACAAAUCAGAUGGUUGUUGCUAUUUAAGAAAAUAGUCAUACAAUGCACAACAGUCCUCACCCUAUGUAUACAGUAUGUACAUAUACAUACACUCAUAAACACGCUCUUUAUCCCCUUUCAUAAAUACAUAGACUCACAGUUUCUAUAUAUUUAUUCACACAUCUCCAUCUAGUGUCUUAUUUAGAAAAUGUUUGUAAUUAUUACUUGACAAAGUUGUAAUCCUCUACUUUUGUAACUAAUAAAGAUAUUUUAAAAGA